UGCUUAAUCUUUCUUUCCCUUCUAUGUUUCUCUCCAUGGCUAACUCUCAUUCAACUAGGAAAACCCCUUCCAUGAUAUCCGUUCUGCUACUCUUUGGGAUGCUUUCUGCUACCCUUGACAUAACAGGUGCCGAGAUUGGCGUUUGUUAUGGAAUGCUUGGAGACAACUUACCACCUCCAAAUGAAGUCAUAGCUCUCUUCCAACAAAAUAACAUCCAGAGAAUGAGGCUCUACGGCCAAAACCAAGCUGCUCAAGAUGCCCUCAGAGGCACCAAUAUUGAGCUCAUGCUGGGUGUCCCUGACGAGGAGCUUCAAUACAUUGCUUCAGCACAGUCCAAUGCAGAUGAUUGGAUCAGAAACAAUGUACAAAACUAUGGAAAUGUCAAUUUCAAAUACAUUGCCGUUGGCAAUGAAAUUAAGCCACAAGGUCCAUACGCACAAUUUCUUUUCCCUGCCAUGCAAAACAUCCAGACUGCAAUUUCCAAUGCUGGCCUUGCCAACCAAAUCAAAAUCUCCACCCCCAUAUUCGGUGCUGCUCUUGGAGAAGAAUCCUCCCCUCCAUCGAAAGGCUCGUUUAACUCCGAGUAUCGGCAGCUUCUCGAUCCCAUCAUCAGCUUCUUAGUGAACAACAACUCCCCAUUACUCGUUAACAUGUACCCAUAUUUAAGUUACAUUGGAGACACCACUAACAUUCGUCCUGAUUUUGCUCUUUUCACUUCUCCGACGGUGUUAGUGCAGGAUAACCAGCUGGGGUAUAGUAAUCUUUUUGACGCCAUGUUGGACGCCUACUACUCGGCAUUAGAAAAGGCCGGUGCAGGGUCUUUGGAGAUCGUUGUAUCAGAGACCGGUUGGCCAUCUGAUGGAGGGCAGGCGACAAGCAUGGAUAAUGCUAGAACUUACAACACCAAUUUGGCGACACAUGUGAAGGGAGGGACUCCAAAGAAGCCUGGCAAGUCUAUAGAAACUUACGUGUUUGCAAUGUUUGAUGAGAAUAAGAAGGAUCCAGAGUUUGAGAAACAUUGGGGCCUCUUUUUUCCGGAUAAGACGCCUAAAUACUCAAUUGAUUUCAAUUGAGAAUAGCAUGUCUAUAGCUAGAACAUGCACUUUGGAAUAAGGCUACCUUUGGUGCAUGGUCAGGGAUAUGAUGCAUAUGUUAAUGCAUACAUGCAGAAAAUGCACCCAUAGAUCGGCCAAGAGUCUAAAAAAAAAGAAGUUUUCUUUUCUGUUAAUUGUACGUCCAGCUGAAAUUAAGAAAUUCUAUUUUAAUGUAAUCUUGAAUUUUAUUGUAAUAUCGAUGUAGAAAAAGCGUCAGUCACAUCUAAUAAAGAACCAAUGAGAGAAUUUAUCA